AUGGCUACCUCGGUUACCUGUCUUUGUGGAGAUAAGGCACUGUCCAUCCUGUUGGACCCUACCAGUGACCACACUCAGCUGCAGCUAUGCCACUGCCACAGCUGUCGGGAAGUGACAGGCCUACUCUGCUCAUCAUAUUAUCUUCUGCAGGAUAAGCCACCUGGCUUAGAUACUCUCCAGGAGUAUCAGGAAUCUCCGCAUGUGAGCCGCUUCUUCUGUAGAGCCUGUGGAGCUCAUGUCUUCGCCCAGUCCAAACCCAGUGGCCGAUAUUUAGUUGCCUCUGGGGUAUUAGUAGCAGAAGAUACCCCAGCAGUUCACUCCAUCCAGCACUGGAAAGCCAGUGACACGGGUGAUGGUGGACUGAGUGCAUAUCUCCCCGAAUGGCCAUCCACAGACAUAAGCUGCAGAUUGGAGGCACUUUCAGGCGAACCUUCUGCACAGCAACGCGAUUCUGUAUCCCAUAUACUACCAGAAUCUUUGGACAGUUUGCAGGGCCCAAACAAGGUGCAGGCACGAUGCCACUGUGGAGGCGUUGAAUUCUUCAUCACGCCCCCAGAUGAAUCUUCCACUCAGGCCUGGUCCCAGUGGUCUGAUCUGUUGAUCCCUUUCAACUCAGGAUAUGCUGAUCUGGACAACACAGCCGAUGUGAAAUGGUUCCUGCGAAAAGGAAACACCAGAUAUCUAGCUGGAACCUGUGUCUGUGCUUCCUGUCGACUGCACAGUGGCUUUCCCGUCCAAGUCUGGGCCUUUAUCCCGAAAUCCAACAUUUUCAAUGCAGAUGGAUCGCUUCUGACAUUCGGUCAUGGCACGAUGAGACAAUAUAAGAGCUCACCGGGGGUCUAUCGGGAGUUCUGCGACCGUUGUGGUGCCACGGUCUUCUGGCAUAAUGAUGGACGGCCGACUGUGAUUGAUGUAAGUGCAGGAUUGAUUCGAGGAAAGAAUGCAAGGUCGGAAGAAUUGUUAGACUGGGCUACUGGGCGUGUUAGUUUUGCAGAGCUGGCUGUACAGAAAGAUUUGGUGAAGAUGUUGGAGGAGGGCUUGCAGCAAUACGCAAAACAGCAUCAACAGUGA